CCGAUAUUUUUCCUAAGUGAGUUAAUCAUCAUCAUCAUCAUCUUCAAUCAAAAAAAUGACAGUCAAACUAACCCUUCUGCACUGCAUAUCUUACCAAUCAACAUAUCCACCCCACACAAACUCUAAUCCACAAACACCAAUGGCUUCCGUGGUUCCUAAAGUGAAAUUAGGCUCACAAGGUCUACUUGUUUCAGCACAAGGGUUGGGUUGUAUGGGUAUGACCGGAAGCUACGGUCUCCCCAAACCCCAACCCGACAUGAUCAAACUCAUCCACCAAGCCAUUGAUUCCGGCGUCACAUUUCUUGACACUUCCGACGUCUACGGUCCCCACACCAACGAAAUCCUCGUCGGCAAGGCUUUGAAAGAAGGAGGACUUCGAGACAAAGUUCAAAUCGCUACGAAAUUUGGAAUCCGACAGGUGGAUGGAAAGACAGAAGCGUGUGGUGAUCCGGCGUAUGUACGGUCAUGUUGUGAAGCUAGCCUGAAGAGACUUGAUAUUGAUUGUAUUGAUCUCUACUAUAUUCAUCGGAUUGAUAUUCGAGUCCCAAUCGAAGUCACGAUGGGAGAACUGAAGAAACUGGUUGAGGAAGGGAAAGUGAAGUAUGUGGGAUUAUCAGAAGCGUGUGCUUCAACGAUCAGAAGGGCUCAUGCGGUUCAUCCGAUAACAGCCGUACAGAACGAGUGGUCUUUAUGGUCAAGAGAUUUGGAAGAUGAAAUUAUUCCUACUUGCAGAGAACUUGGCAUUGGGAUAGUUCCUUACAGUCCUAUUGGCAGGGGAUUCUUAGCUGUCGGCCCGUCGUUGGCUGAAAACUUGAUAGAGGGUGACUUCAGGAAGAGGAUGCCAAGGUUUCAGAAUGCGGAUCACAACAAGACUAUAUUCGAGCGUGUGAGCGAGAUGGCUACAAGGAAAGGGUGCACCGCAGCUCAACUAGCCUUAGCCUGGGUGCAUCACCAAGGAACUGAUGUGGUUCCAAUACCAGGAACCACAAAGCUUGAAAACUUUAAGCAAAACAUUGGGGCUUUAUCUGUAAAGCUAACACCGGAGGAGAUGGCUGAACUUGAAUCAUUUGCUUCAAAUGAAGCUGUAAAGGGUGAUAGACAUGCAGUGAUGCGAAUGACAUGGAUAAAUUCAGAGACUCCUCCGUUGUCGUCUUGGAAAGCCAAUUUAUGAGUAUUUAAGUCUGAUCGACAAAAUUGGGUUCGGAUCAAAAUGGGUUGUAAAAAAAGUAUGAAUUUGGUUCGGGUGAAAUUGUGUUUUAAUCGAAAUGGGUUCACUUUGAUGAAUAAAUUAAAAUUUGGAGGUGUAUUUAAUAUAUUUAGACUUCUCCAAAAAGUUUUUGAUAUGUUUCAUGUUUAUGUUUGUGUU